UCCCGGAAAAAAAAAGACACAAACAAAGCCAAGUGCCACGCCAUGGCUUCUGCGGAGCAGAAGGCAGGUCCCGCCGACUCCCUGAGCUUGGAUCUUCGAUCGGCCCCAAAAGUCCCAGAGGCCAAUGGGGGUCCGGGGCCAGAGGCCUUCCCAGUGCCUGCGCUUGGGAUGGGGCGAAACAAAAUGAGUUGGCAGAGGUCUCAGGAAAAAGCAACAACAAAAAGCGCCGAAACACCAAGACAAGGACCCCUGCGCCCAACCCUCAGAGCAAAUCCUUUUCCCCCCAACCCCCGCCCCCUGCCCUCUGCCCACCCGACAUGAGGCUCGAUACCUGGCAAUGAGGCAGGCCGUGGAGAUGAUCGAGAGCCAACCUGGUCUCUGCGACUGUGAGCAGAAGUAUGCCAAGGACAUGCGACGCCUUCAACAGGAGUCGGGGCACCUCAAGGAGGCCUUGCGCAGGGCCUUGGAGCGCUUGGCGCUAUGGGGGGACGACACCUUCCUCCAGGAGCUUCAGUCGGAGAGUUGCGCGAGCUCCUCGCAGGUCUCCGAGGGUGAUCUCGCGAGGAUGAAGCUGCAGAGCGUGGGCCAGGAGCUCGCGAAGCUCAGGGCGGAGAAUGCGGCGCUCAAGGCGCAGCAGGAAAGCCGUGACCAGCAGCUGGCGCGGCAAAGCCGGCGAGUGGAAAGUCUCGAGGCCGAGCUGAAAGAGGCGCGGUCCGCGAUGCCUGUCGACCCCGUGCAAGUCUUCCAAGCAAUCGACCGGGAGAUGCGGCCGAAGAUCAAGAAGCUGUCCGUUUUCAAGGUCCCGCCCCCCCGCUCGGCGCCGAGCGCCGAGUGGCCUGAGCGGCGAGCUUCCAGCCUCAGUCGGAUCAGCCGCUAGUUUCAACCCCCGAGCUGGAAUUCGCCUUCGCGAAGGAAAA